CUCAUCUCCUCACAGUUGUGUCUUGAGCUGGGAAAGUGCAGCCAGGUCUAUUUUUGCCUCUCUGUGUGCUAGCCGCAAUGGCCACAUACACAGCUUACAGUGGCUACGGGAAGCCACCUCAAUCUUACGCAGGCUCAUACUACGAUGAGAAGCAAGCCAAGGCCUAUACAGAUUAUCAAGACUCUGUAUAUGAGGAAAAAAAGAGACUUGAGAAGAAGGACCGCCAGGAGGCCAUCUAUUGUGAGGUAGUGGCCCUCGUCAUCGGUUUCAUUGGACUAAUCGGAGUGGCAGCAGUCACAGGCUUGCCGAUGUGGAAGGUAACAGCCUUCAUCCAGGAGAACAUCAUCGUCAUGGAGACCCGCUGGGAGGGUUUGUGGAUGAACUGCUACAGACAAGCUAACAUUAGGAUGCAGUGUAAGGUGUAUGAUUCCCUGCUAUUUCUGCCCCCGGACCUCCAGGCUGCUAGGGGUCUCAUGUGCAGCUCUGUGGCCCUGACCACCAUCGCUCUCGUCGUUUCAGCAGUGGGAAUGAAGUGUACCAAAGUGGUGGACCAUAGGGCUCGCACCAAGCAUAUUGUUCUUGUGUCUGGAGGCAGUCUGUUCCUCUUGGGCUGUCUCACUACCAUAAUCCCUGUGUCCUGGACAGCUAAUGUCAUCAUCAGAGAUUUCUACAACCCUCUGCUGAUCGACGCCCAGCGCAGGGAGCUUGGGGAGGCCCUUUACAUCGGCUGGGUGACCUCAGCUUUGCUUUUUGUUGCCGGAGUGAUCCUGCUGUGCCGUCACGCUCCCCGCACCCAAGACCCAGAAGAGAGGAUUGUAUACAACCAAGACAGAAAUAUCUACCAACCUGCAUACACAUAUCAGCCAUACACGUACCAGCCAGCGUACACCUACCAGCCUGCCUACUCUGUGCCCCCACCAGGAUCGGUAGCAUACACGCCAAGUCAGUACUAGUGAGGAAAAUAAAACACAGAGACAAUUUUGGACUCUUUAAAAAUUAAUUUGGCACAUUUGAAUGGCAAGAAUCAACUGACUAAUAUGACCAAACUGGAAAUGUUCAAAUCCUUUAUUACUUUCUUAAAGUUGGCCAAGUGUUUUACAGAAACUGAAAUUCAUUAUGAAAGUGAUUGUGUUUUAAUGAUGAACUUUGUGGAAUUAUUGCAUUCUGUGUGCUUAAUUUAAACUAUAUUAUAUCAGUCAUUCGGGAUAGUAUUUUUAAUCUGUAAUAAUACUGUUAUCUUAGUUAUCUGUAAAUAUUAUAGUCUUUAUAGCCCUUGCUAACAUGUUAUUUGAAAACAAAUGAUGCACUGGGCCUUUUUCAAAUAAUAUGCCCCCAAAUGUUUUGUUUUCACUGUUGAGUUUUGUUGUGAAUGUAUACUUUUUCUAAAUAUAAAGUCAAUUGUGGUUUACAAUAAAGGGAUAAAGUGAAAGAGAA